AUGGCUCCCAUCAAAGCCCCGGCAAAUCUACCCGAGCUUGUCAAAACUGCUUUCAACAAAGCUCGUGCCAACGGCGACCUCAACUAUUACGCGACGCAAGUCGCCGUCCUGACUGCGAACUCGAUCCCUUUCCAGCUUCGUUUUUCUCCAGCACUGGCAAAUAAGCCAACCGCUCCGAAGUCCCAAACCGACCAACCACGCAAACCAUUCGAUCCCUUCGAGAACCCCGAGAACGGUCCGCUGUUCAUAGCCGACAUCCCCUCUUCGGGACACAACCUCGUUCUGAAUAAGUUCGCCAUUGUACCAGAGCACUUUAUUCUCGCGACAAAGGAUUACAAACUGCAGACUCACCUGCUGGAGCCGAACGACUUGGCAGCGACCUACGCUUGCAUCGAAGCAUACCGUCAGCACGGUGACAACGAGUUGUACGCAUUUUUCAACGGUGGGCAGCACUCGGGCGCAAGCCAGCCACAUAGACAUAUUCAGCUACUUCCUGUCGCUCAAAUGAAGGAUGGCCUGCCAGAGGGCUCCAGGUGGGAUGUCUUGGCGAAGCAGCUGGCCCAACCGCAGCUCAUGGGCAUCCCAUUUACGACAUUCGGCGAGAAAAUCCAUGGGGGCAUGACUCCUUAUGAGCUCCAUGCUGUCUACGUGUCGCUGUUCCGGUCAGCUGUAGACGCAGUCGAGGCUCAUGUCGGAAAAUUAGACGACUCAGGCAACGGGGAAGCUCGGAUCAGCUACAACCUUGCAAUGACAAGCAACUCUUUGGUGGUCAUGCCGCGAUUGGCUGAGGGCCACACCCUCGAGGAAAAUGGCAGGUCCGUCGGCAAACUCAGCCUCAAUGGCACUGUGUUGGCAGGGACUGCUCUGGUCAAGAGCGAAGCCGAAUGGAGUGCUCUCAAAGCCAACAGCGACAGCAACCAAUUGGUCGAUAUUCUGGCCAAGAUCGGCAUCCCAAAGAAUCCUGGGCACAGUAAGAAGCUGUGA